AUGUCUGUAUUUGGCAUCAAUCUAGAGGAAGGUCUGGAUGUAUUUAGUAGCCAAUUUAAAAUCUUCAGUUUGGAGAGCUUUCUUAACACCAUCAAUGCAAUUGCCUCUCUCUACGAUGGCGUCGAUGCAAAAAAGAGUGUCAUUGACGUGGGACUGAGCGAGAUCAAUUUGGUGGACUUUGCCACUGACUUGAUUGGGAAGAUCGCAUAUGGAGCAAAAAUUGGAGAGCAGGUGGUUAGAAUCAGCCUUGACGAUCUCAAGGAGCUCGGUGGAUUUGUGGAGGUUGGAGAGUUAUUUGUCAAGAUUGGAGCGUUGGGAGAGAAUGGUGUCCAGUUCAAGAUCCAAGGCUCAUUGGUAGGCAAUGCAUUCAUGGAGGAGAUGAGUCAUGGCUCCUACAUCG